GUCAUGAUGAUCCCACCUCAUAACUUCGAACAUCCAUGGGGACGGUAUGGAGUAAAGUCCGUCCUGAGAAUUCAGCAGUUCGAAAAACUUUCGCCUAUUAUACUUCCAGAAGAUUCUUUACCGUGUUUGCAAGAACCCAGCAGUGGGCCCUGCCCCGAGCCCUGUGACUCCAGAAACCAAUCCACACAAAAAUGGAAACUAACUCGUAAUUCAACACGUGGUGCCUGAAACCGUAGUGGUGAUUUCACUCCCAGGAAUUUGAAUAUACUAGAAUAGAAUAGGAUAGUUUCGAGUUUAAUUUUAAUUAACGCGGUGUCCAAGUACAUUAGAUACUACUAUAUAAAUGAAACCAAUGCUAUUUGAGGUUACUGGAUUUGAUAUUUACCUUAGCGAAGAACACUUUGUGCCUGAAUGAUGGACGUGAAGUUGACCUUGCCUGCUUUAUCACCACGUUUCUUGGAGCUUUCUUAUUGUUAUUCAGAGACAUUGGAUGUGAAACAACUUGAAAUACACAAUGGCUGUACUUUUCCAUUUGCAGUUGGCCAUACAUACCUGGCAACUGUGAUGAGUGCGCGACAACUUUCAUAUGGAUGCGAAGUAAAGAAGACUGUAGAACUUUGUUUAGAUGUUCAGGGUUCUGGUAUUGAAUAUCAACCAGGGGACACGGUAGGUGUAAUUCCUCAAAAUUCCGAAGAUGAAGUUCAGAAGAUCAUGAAACAUCUCAAGAUAUUGGAAAGAGCUGACACUGUUGUUACUAUAUCGGUGAAACCUGGGACUGUGAAGAAAAAAGCAUGUGUUCCACCCUACAUUCCAGUGAAAGCAACCCUCAGGCAUAUCUUACAGACUUGUCUUGACAUUAGGGCUGUCCCCAAAAAGACAUUUCUCAGAGUACUGGCUGCCCACACAGAAGACCCAAGCGAGCGAUGCAGACUAGAGAAACUGUGCAGCAAGGAAGGGAGUGCUGACUACUCAGAAUUUGUAGUCACAGCAAGAAAUACUCUGCUUGACCUACUAGAAACAUUCCCUUCUUGCUGUCCUCCAGUUGAAGUACUUUUGGAACACUUACCUCGCCUUCAGGCCCGUCCAUAUUCAAUUGCAUCAUCUCCACUCCAGAAGAAGAAUGGCUGUACAGAACUGCACAUUAUUUAUUCCCUUUUGGAGUUUCCUGCAUCAGAACAUGGGGCUGGUUUCCGCUAUGGCACCUGUACUGGAUGGUUGGACUAUCUGACUAGACCCAUACAGACUGUCAUAAGUCCUCAUGACUCUGUCAGUGAAGAACUAAAGAGACUAACCUUGAAGGAUGAAUUCGUGGAGUUGAAGGUUCCUUUGUACCUGAGGAAAAGUACAGGUUUUAAUCUUCCAACAGAUCCUUCAGUGCCGAUAAUCCUUAUAGGACCAGGAACAGGGGUCGCCCCCUUUAUGGGUUUCCUUCGGCAUCGACAGGCAAAACAACGAAGAUCAAGUGAGUUGGUCUUCGGAGAAGUUUGGUUGUUCUUUGGUUGCAGAUUUGAGGAUAAGGACUUCCUGUACAGAUCAGAGUUGGAGAAAUAUAUUGAAGAUGGAAUUUUGACUCAUCUCUUUGUAUCAUUUUCACGUGAAAAAAGAGGGGAAAAUGUGCCGCAUUAUGUUCAGGAUAACAUCAAGCUUUGUGGCAGAAGAUUUGUUAAACAAGUAUUUGAAAAGAGCAGUUCAAUAUAUGUAUGUGGUGAUGCUAAGAAUAUGGGAAAAGAUGUACUUGAUGCUAUAGUAUCAGUGAUACAGAAUGAAAAAGAUAUUGAAGAACAGAAGGCCAGAUUAAUGGUGACUGAACUGCAGAGUCAAGGAAGGUAUCUGCAGGACAUAUGGAUAUGAUGUACCUUUAUAACAAUAUGCUAGUUAUGUCUCUUUGAAAGACUGGUAAAGAAACAUUUUCAUGAGUAUUGAACAGCCAUUGUUGUCGGAACAGGUGUACUUUACUUACAUCAGGAUUAGAGUACGUUUUGCAUCUCCCAACCCAAUAUGAUAAGGAAGAUAAUGGAAAGUUAAAUGAGUGUUAAUUUCCAGUUUUGUGAGAAAAGUACUUAUUUAAGAUUGUUGUAUACAUAGUGAUGUAUAUUAUAAAUAAAUUUAAAAA